AUGGCGCCCUCGGCCAAAGCGCUGAAGGAAGCCCUCAUCGAGGGCACCUGCGAUGUCUUCAAGCUGGAACCCGAUACAACGUCCGUCAACAAAAUCCGCCACCACGUUGAGGAAAGAUUGGGGCUGAGAGAAGAUUUCUUCUCGGACAAAGACUGGAAGGGGAAAAGCAAGGAAAUUAUCAAAGAAUAUGUGAAUUCACACUACAUGCGACAGGGCAAAUUGCUAGACGGAUGGACACCAGAAGAGAAAAAGGCGGACCCGAAAGCGUCUACAACCCAUCAAUCGAAUCCCGAAUACUCUGAAGACGACGCACCGGGCUCUGCCUCGCCGCACCGUAAGCGAAAGCGCACAAUAGCUAAUCCCUCCAACGACGGCAACGGAGCUGUCGAAAAAGAACCCAAUAAAAAGGUGAAGUCCGAGUCCGAGCUACCGGAUCCCGUUGACGACGAAGAGGAAGAGUACUCUGAUGUUAUUGACGAGCGGUCUACAUCGAAGCGCAAAAGGACAACGAAAGAGCCCAGCCAAAAGGCCCCCAAGGCCUCGAAGUCUGCCAAGUCCGCCGCCGCCGCAGAACCGUCGGACCCGUUGGACGCCGAAGUCAAGAAGCUGCAGGGCCAGCUGAGCAAGUGCGGCGUGCGCAAGCUCUGGCACCACGAAUUUAAGGGCUGCGACGAUGCGCGGGCCAAAAUUCGGCAUCUCAAGAAGAUGCUCGCCGACAUUGGCAUCGAGGGCCGCUUCUCCGAGGCCAAGGCCCGAGAGAUCAAGGAGACGCGCGAGCUGAUAGCCGACGCGCAGGCGGCGCAGGAGAUGAAUCGCCUCUGGGGCAUGGAGGCGGGCGGGCGGGCGAGCCGGAGAAAGGGCAGCCGUGGUGGUCAGGUGCCCGAGAGCGACGCCAGCGAGGCGGAGAAUGAAGACGGCGGCGAGGAGGACGCACAGAAUGGACACGGCCCCGCCGAGGAGGAGGAGGACGUGAGCUUUGCGGCGAGGCGCCGCAGAGCGCAUGCGGACCUGGCUUUCCUGGGCGACGACAGCGAUUCUGAUUAA